AUGGUCCAGCGGAUCGGACGUCGGGGAAAGACGCAGAGGAGUUGCUCUUCUCCAUCAAAUUUCACUUUAUCCUCCUCCUCGCUCACCAGAACAACUUCCACAGAGAAAGUUAGUACCUCCGCCCCAAAGUUCUGGGGAAGAGGGGAAAAAUCAACUGGCCCGGCGCUCGCCACACCUGGAGCGCUCGGCCAGAUCCGGCCUGUGCGUCCCGCUCUUACCCAGGCAGACGACUGGCGGCCCGGAGCGGCCCCGCUUCCCAGUCACCUUCUCCACUUUGCCAGGGCGCUCCGCUCGUCCCCGUCCACUCCUAGACGUCGUCUGCCGACUGCCCCGACGCGCAGCAGGCGGCGAACUGGCCUGUACAGCCCGACUGCCUCAGGAGCUUCUCCUGACCUGAAGACAGCCAAACUUCCCUCUCCGAGGCUCUUCCCACACUUCUGCACGGUGUCUUCAGCCCAGAACGUGGAGACGCGUGGAGUUGACACAUUUCACCUCAGGAACCGCGAAGCCUCUCUGCCUUCCUGCUGUGUCCAUCCAGUAAUGGAGAGCAAAGGGAGUUUCUGGUGGCUCUCUAUUGAAAGCUCUCUGCUAAUGUGCCUGGGACGGCAGCAGAGGAUGGCCCAGGUCCUUGUCCCCUGCAUCCAUGUAGGAGAUGCAGAUGAAGCACCUGGCUCCUGGCUUCAGUCUGGCCCAGCCCUGGCCAUUGAGUCCAUUUGGGAAGUGAACCAGCAGAUGGAAGAUUCUCUCUCUCUCGUUCGCUCUCAUGUGUGCGUGUUUGCACACUUGCUCUUGCUCUUUCUCAACUCUGCCUUUCAAAUAAAUAAAAUAAACCUUAAAAAAAAGUAGCAAGAAAAACAUAACUACAAAGGCAGCAACAUUUAUUGAGCAUUAUUCAGUAUUGGUAUAUUUGUAGAACUAAGCUAAGUGAUUCUACAACUACUAUCUCAAUGUUCUUCCCAGCUAUCCUAUGCAUGUAGGUACAUGUGAGAAACAGCUUGUUUAUACAAAGGGGUGGAAAACAAGAAAACGAACAUCAUAAGAGAACAGGAUAUGGAAUGGCCCAGGACCAAGAACAAUAGCACACCAAGAAAUGGGGGAGCUAAAAGAGUGAAGAGUGGCUCAAUAGGCUAAUCCUCCGCCUGCGGCACUGGCACCCCGGAUUCUAGUCCCGGUCAGGGCGUCGGAUUCUGUGCCGGUUGCCCCUCUUCCAGGCCAGCUCUCUGCUAUGGCCCAGGAGUGCAGGGGAGGAUGGCCCAAGUCCUUGGGCCCUACACCCACAUGGGAGACCAGGAGAAGCACCUGGCUCGUGGCUUUGGAUCAGCGCAGCGCGCUGUCCACGGCAGUCAUUGGAGGGUGAACCAACGGCAAAGGAAGACCUUUCUCUCUGUCUCUCUCUCUCACUGUCCACUCUGCCUGUCAAAAAAAAAAAAAAAUGAAGAGUGGAGAAGAGGACCAGUGAUACAAGGCACAUAGCAGGUAUUCGCUUAUUAGGAUAAGAUAUCUACCAAUAGCUUACUAAUCCUUUAUUUUAUCUAUGAGUUCAACAACAUUAACAAAGAUAGAGCUCUAAAGUAUCAAAGUACUGAUGAAAAAAGUAGGCUUGAAAACAGGAUGUUAACAUUAAAUCUAUAAAAAUAUAAUUUGCAAAUAAUAUACCAUUAGAAUAAACUACAGGAAGCAUAUAUCACUUGCUAGUUAAAACAUAAAUUAAUAUAUAUUUGCCUCAUUUUUCUCACAUGUUAAAUAGGGAUAAUAACAGUGCAUACUCUUGUGAUAUGGCACAUUAAUUACCUAAUUCUAAACAAUAUAUUUAACAAACCAACCCAAGCUCAGUGGCUUAAAGCAACAAUGAUUUACUCUUACAAAUCAGCAUCCUAUCAUCUCUGCCCCAAAAAUGCAAAUAUGCCCCCCAGGAUUAAGAAAGAUACAACUAAUGUAAACCCUGAGCUUAUUUUGCAAAGCAGCAACAAACUUCCCUGAGAUUCACAGAUAAAAAUUGCUGAAAGCAGUCAGAACUAUGGAUAGGCAAAUGAUGAAUGGGCAACUGACUACUGAAUAAAUUUAUGAUAUUUUGAACCGAAAUUUUGCCUCCCACCCCCAUAUGCCAUUUUUGAACAAACCAUAACCAACACUGGCAGAAGAACCAAAAAUUUCCUUUCUUUAUUAAUGAACAAAUACCCAUAUCCCAUUUCUGCUCCUUUUCUCCCUUUCCAAUAUCUUUUGUAACAAGUACAGGGAGUCAGAUAUGAACAUUGUUCCUUGAUUGACUGCCCAUUAGCAAACUUUCAUUGCUCCAAAAACCAUGGGUUUGGGGUUUAGCUUUUUGAUGGAGGUAGGCAAAUGGACUCAUCUUGGUUCAGUGACACAAGUAUUUCCCAUGUUCUCUUGGGAUCAGCAAGACAGAUAAUAUCUUCUUGUCAUGGCAAUGCUUGAAGUACAGUAGAGCAAGCCCAAUGGAAGAAGCACAUAUCAAGACUUAGCUUAUUUGCUUAUACCCAUUUGCUAAUGUAAAACAUGACCACACCCAAAGCCAAUGUACGGGAAAUAUAGAAUUCCCAGAAUGAGGCUAUAACAGAGCUGUGGAUGACAGAAGGUGGGAAGAGUUGGGGUCAUUAAUUAAAUCUACCACAGUUAUUUUAAAAAGAAAAUGAGUUAACCUUUAAGUGGAACCUAGAUCAGUUCUGGGUCCAUUGUAUCUAUAUCAAUACAUAUCAAUGCUUCUUUUAAUUUUCUGUUCUUGUUAUCAUUCUUUCUAAGUUAACUUAUAGUUUAAAAUAAUUCCAAUCAAAACCUCAAUCCAAUGAUGGUAAUUCAGAAUUCAGAAUGAUAAUUUCUGUGAGAAUCUCAAGAAAAAAAGUAUUAAGAUGUCCCUGUCCAUGCUCAAUCAGACUUGCCCCAAAUGGUGGAGUUAGAAAUGUGCCAGGGGAUUCCAAUACAAUCCCAUCAAGGUGGCAUUACCAAUGCCAUCUCACUAGUACAAGUGAUCAAUUUCAGUUCACAAUUGAUCACACUGAUAGGUCUAAGAGUCAAAGGGAUCACACAAACAAAACUAGUGUCUGCUAAUACUAACUGAUAGAAUCAAAAAGGGAGAGAACGAUCCAACAUGGGAAGCAAGAAACACAGCAGACUCAUAGAAUGGCGGAUGUCCUAAAUAGCACUCUGGCCUCAGAAUCAGCCCUUAAGGCAUUCGGAUCUGGCUGAAGAGCCCAAGAGAGUAUUUUAGGCAUGGAAAGCCAAGACACUCUGGCAAAAAAAAAAAAAAAAAAAAAAAAAACCUAAAUGAAAGAUCUCUGCAAGUGAGAUCCCAGUGGAAAGAACAGGGCCAUCAAAGAAGGAAGUACCUUUCUCUGAAGGGAGGAGAGAACUUCCACUUUGACUAUGACCCUAUCUGAAUAAGAUCAAAGUCGGCGAACCCUAAAGGCUUCCAUAGCCUUGGCAACUCAUGACUAGAGCCUAGGGAGAUUACUGACGCCAUAAACAAGAGUGUCAAAUUGUUAAAUCAACAACAGGAGUCACUGUGUACUUACAUCCCAUGUGAGAUCUGUCCUUAAUGUGUUAUCCAAUGUGAAGUAAUGCUAUAACUAGUACUGAAACAGUAUUUUUACACUUUGUGUUUCUGUGUGGGUGCAAACUGAUGAAUUCCUUACUUAGUAUAUACUGAAUCGAUUUUCUGUAUAUGAAGAUAAUUGAAAAUGAAAAAAAAACCUUGGUUUUAAAUUGGAAAUUGCAUAGAAAAUUAAUCAAUUUUUAAAAAAAUAUCAUGUAGGAUCUCUGUCCUUAAUGUGCUGUACACUGUUAUUUAAUGCUAUAACUAGUACUCCAACAGUAUUUUUCACUUUGUGUUGCUAUGUGGGGGCAAACUGUUGAAAUCUUUACUUAAUAUAUACUAAACUGAUCUUCUGUAUAUAAAGAGAAUUGAAAAAGUAUCUUGAUGUGAAUGGAA